AGGUAACAGGUUGUAUCUGGCGAGCGGUUUACUCACUCAGGGCUGGAUUUGUGUUAUGGAAGCCGUCCUUGAAUCGCAUUUAAUGACGGAGAACCCCAGAAGUGGACAGAAAACGCAGCACUGAGCGACUUGUAGACCUCACACCCCGACUGUAAGUGGCAUGUCUGCAUCAGCCUCGGGUAGAAAAACCCCAGUGGAUUACGGGGUUCAGAUCCGCUUCAUAAAUGACCUGCAUGAUACAGGAGGUGGAGGCGGAGGUGGGGGGCGUCGAGACGGCUCGGGGAAAUCCUCGUCCCGCUACGGCGUGGCUGUCCGGGUGCAGGGCAUCGCGGGCCAGCCAUAUGUAGUGCUCAAGGAUGGAAAGAAGGGAGACUCUUAUGGAGUGCAGCUCCGAACCCCAAGUUACAACAGCUUACCCAGGAGGCGGGAGGAUGGUACAGAGGAUGGUCAGUAUCUUUCUACCCCAGACGGCAGCGUGUUGCGGCGCGCUCAGUCUCACGGCUCUCUGCUGGACCGAGAGAGCGACUACGACAACCCCGUAAACGAGCUUAGGCGCCCUAACGGAGACGGACGCUCUGGCAGCUACGGCAACUUGGACAGCGGGAUCGGCGUCGGGACGGAAAGGAACCGGUGGGGUGGCUCCCACCAAGCAGGGCUGAACGGCACUUUAGAGAAUGAAAAUCGGAGGGCAGUAAACAGCUACUACGAAUCAUCUUCCGACGCUGUUAAGCCUCCGCCUGACCGACGCGCCAGACCCGGAGGAAGCAAUUCCGUUGGGCAAGCCGCCGUUGUCGGAGGCUCCUCCAGGGGGCGCGCUCCUGGUGUCAAGGCAGGAAACGGGCCUAAUUCUUCAACCGCCGUCCUUUCCUCUGCUCAGUUGGUGCCAUCAAAUGAAUACGCUCCUCCACCAUCGUCCUCACCGGCUUCAGGUUACAACAGACCGAGCCGAACCUCCGGAUCUAUGGCCAAGAUUGCAGUCGCGCCUUCCUCAGGUUUAAGUAACGAUUGGUCAGCAGUAGAUGCACAUGUCACUCCUGAUCUUUUGAUGGAUCAAAGUCAGAGCUCGGGGUCAGAGUUCAGCAGCGGGGAGGAUCAGAUCCAGCAGAUAGUCUAUGGUGUUUUGAGACAGGGGAGCAGCGAUAGCGACGCUGCAAUUAAACGCAGAGUCCGAGUCAUCUGCGAUAAGAUCCAGGGGCUCAAGGUGAACAAAUCCGACCCUGUACUUAAGGCAGAGCUGGAACAAAGUCUGGAUGAAAACAUCAAUCUGCAGGAGCAGCUGAGCAGGAAGAAGACCGAGUUAGAUCAGACACAUUCUGAGAUGAUUCAGUUACGUAUGGACCGGGAGAAUGCAGAGUCUCGUGUCCGACACCUUGAGGACCAACUGACAGGGCUGCAAGAGGAGCUGAGGAGAGAGACGGGCAGCAGAGCGGAGAUCGACGCGAUGCAGGCGGAGUUGCUGGCCCUGCGCAACGAACUGGCUGAAAUGGCAGCUCGGCAUCAGAGACAGGAGGACACUCUGAGACAGAGAGAGCGGGAGCUGACCGCACUGAAGGGCGCCCUGAAGGAUGAGGUGUCCACCCAUGACCGAGAGAUGGAAACUCUUCGACAGCAAUACAGCCAAGACAUGGAGAAACUAAGAACCAGCAUGGCACAGGUUUCACAGUCUCAGGUAAACAUAGAAGCAGAACGGCAGCGUGUGAACUCUACAGUGCGCUCCUUACAGCAACAGCUGGAGGAGAACAAAGAGGAAUGCGUCCACUGGAAAGAGCAGUUCCAGAGCACCAGAGAUGAGCUCCGCAACACCAAACAAGAGCUUCUUCAGGCUCGUUUAGAAAAAGAAGAGUUUGAAGAGGAGCUAAAGGAGCUGCAGGAGAUUCUGAACACGAUGAAACAUCAGAUCCCCGAUAGCAAGCAAAGUGAAACUCUCAACCAGGACCUCGAGCGUAGCCGUGUAUCACUGAAGCAAGCAGAAGCCGAGAUAGAGAAACUAAAGCGGGACCUUGACAAGAAGACUAUGGAGAUUAUCUCAUUGAAGAGGACGAUUCAGGAACUGGAUGCCGAGCAAAAAUAUGAAAUCGACAGGCUAAAGGACCAGUCACGGAAAGAUAAGGACGAGCUGGCUAAAGUUCAUGAGAAAACCAAGCAGCUCGCCGAUCCUGCGUUGGUGGAAUCUCUGCGUGGGGAAAUGCGUGCGGUGAGCGGCGAGGCGGAGCGGCUGCGCAGUCAGCUGCUUUUGGCUGAGGAGGAGCUGCAGAAAGAAAGGGAGAGAAUCGCUUCAUCCAAAACAGAAAUGAACACUGUCUCGAAUGAACGAGAGGCACUGGAGGAGGCUAACUCGCGCCUCAAAGACAAGCUUGCACGUCUGGAGUCCACACUGCAGGAACAAGUUUCGCAGAACCUGGAGGCAGAGCAAGAGCUGCAGUUGGAGAACAGGAAGUUGAGGCAGCAGUUGGAAGAGACCAAACGCAGCAGCAGCAAAGUGAGUCAGGAAAGACACGAACUGUCCCGAGCGUUAGAGGAGCGAGACAGGGAGAGGGAUGCUCUUCGCAAGGACAACACACAGCUGGACGAGCAAAAGAAGCAGCAUGAGAAGAUUGUGGACAAACUCAACAAAGAGAUCGAGCGGUUAACUGCUGAUUCGAGUGCGUCUGUACGGCUGGUACAGUCUCAGUUCGACGAGCAGAAAGAAAAAUGGAAGAAGGAGCAGCAGGACCUGCAGAAGAUCAACAAGGAGAAAAUCAGUGAGCUGGAAAAAAACCAGAUCACCCUGCGUUCUCUCCAGGAGGAGGUGUCCCGUGUGAAGAAAGAGCUGCAGUCGUACUGUGAGGAAAAGGAUGACGCUGUUCUGGACAGAGAGAUGUUAAUCAACCGCAUCAAACACCUGGAGGGAGAGCUGGAGAGUCAGCGCAGCACAUUCAACGAUCGCACCCGUGACAUCCGCAGCAUGGAGGAUAAAGUGAAGCGCUUGGAACUGGAGCUGGAUGAGGAAAAGAACAGUGUGGAGCUUCUGACGGACAGAGUCUCCAGGAGCCGAGACCAGAUUGAGCAGCUGCGUUCCGAGCUAAUGCAGGAAAGAUCAUCCAAACAAGACCUAGAGCUGGACAAAAAUUCCCUGGAGAGACAGCUAAAGGACUAUAAAUCCCGUAUAAAAGAGAUGGAGGGCCAGUCCCGUAGUUCCACUAAUGUUUCUCAGCUCGAGAGCAAACUACAGGAUUUGGAGGAGCGACUGCGUAAUGAGGAAAGAGAUAAAAAUGCAGCACUGUCCUCACAACGUCGCCUGGAGAGGAAGCUGAAAGAGAUGUCCAUGACUCUGGACGAGGAUAGACAGCAGAUAACUGAGCAGAGAGAUCAGCUGACACUGCGUGUGAAGGCAUUGAAGAGGCAGGUGGAUGAGGGAGAGGAAGAGGUGGAGAGGUUGGACGGACUGCGGAGGAAAGCAGUGAGAGAAAUGGAGGAGCAAAUGGAACAAAAAGAGGCGCUACAGACUCGAGUCACAGCACUGGAGAAUGAACUCAAGAGGAAGAUCCAGCAAGCCCGACAGUUAUCCGUGGCUUCUCCAGGUCUCAGCUCGGAUGAUGACGACGAAGGCCUGUUUGACUCGUCCACCAUCGCCUCCAUCCUCACAGAGAGCAAUCUGCAGACCAGCUCCUGCUAAUAGAGGGUGAUCUGAGGUGAAGUGCACUCUGAGAUGAUGUGGGUGAAAUGAGCGUUUGAGUGACAGCAGUAAAAUGAGCGACUCUUUACACAGGCGGGAUUAGGGCAAGAUUGAUUUGAUUUUGCGGCAUGUCUUUGGGUAUGUAGUGGCUCCGUUGUAGAUACUGGAUGUCAUAGUACAAUUUAUACGAGCCUCAUGAAGACGCGGGCAUGCGCUGUACAAACAUACAUACAUACUGUACAAAGACUAAGAGCUGAAUAUCAAUUUUACUUAGCUCGAAGUGUUGUGUAGUUUGCACUUACCGGUAUUCCCAUAUACUAUAGUACUAGCGAUGAGAUGUGACUAGCUGUGUUGCGCAUAAUUGUAAUUUAGCUGCGACUCUGAAAAUCAUCGAGUUAAAUGUUAAGGAAAAUGUAUCUAUCUUUAAAGAUGCCUCCUUUAACUUUAAUAUCAGUGCUUGGGCGCACUCAUGUUUGAUGCAAAUUUGCAUGAAUCCUCAAAUAUUCUUUGACUCUUAAAUUAAUUUCUGGGAUUUCAAAAUAUAUGUAUAUAUUUUAAUCGUAUUACAAUUUUAAACUCACUUGGGAACGUCAGCAAUUCCGGAUUCAUUACGAUCGAUUAGUUUGUUGGUUAAAAUCGAUAUCGGACUAUUGUACGCGCAUGAUUUUCAACCAAGACGUCAGUUUUCAGCACAUUAUUUACAGAUUAAUUUUUUAAAAAAUAAAUAAACCAACUGAUUUAUCAUGUAACGAUAUUCAGCGACGCCCGCAGCUGAUGAGUGUAAUUUUGGUAACAUAGCCGAUUCUGUACGCCAGUCUUGUGAGUUAUUAGAAUGCAGUCAUCUCUACACCAUUUUUAUCGUGCUACAAUAUUCAGUGAUGCUGAGUGUGCAGAUUUGCAACGGAACGUCACUUCUGCUCUUGGACCUAGAGACCAUGUCUACACUAAAAAAAGGGUACAGUCAAACUUUUCACCGUUUCAGAUUUAAUAGGUUAAACGCACAUCUUUGUUUUUUGUUUUUUUUAAAUGAGACUUGUGGCUCUUCUAGUUUAUAAUCAGCGGCUGAAUAUCACAGCAGUGUAAAAUCACGUAGGGAUGAAUAGAUUGUUACGAUCACCCAAGCCUAGCUGUAGCUCUACUUUACAAAUCUGCAGAGCCAUUCUGUGCCUUCAUCAACUACAACUGAGGCAAAAUAUCUGCUUGCGUCUUGGUUCAGCGUAUAUGAGGGGAAAACUCUCGCAAAGAGCGAGAAUCUAAUAAAUUGUUUGUGUUUAUAGAUCGCACAAAGACUGUAUACGUCAGUCGAGUAGAGCAGAGUGAGAAAACGCAAAGCUGAAGGCUAUAGAUAAUCCCACCGUACCAAAUUACACAUAUAAGCUAUCGGUUGCUGUGAGAGCUUCUGAGCUCUGUAAGACUUAACAGAUCUCACGAAACCUGAAUGUAAGAAUAAUACACACUGGGCCUGAGCGUGUUGCACUUUUUACUAUAGCUAAUACACCGAUUAUUUUUUUAGAUGAAGGGUAUAUUUUUAAACGGCACCACAGUCAAUCCAGGGCACGAUGGAUUGAUAUACUUUUAUAUUGAUGAGCUAGAAUAGUAAAAAAAUAAAUAGAUCAAUCAAAAUGUGAUCCUGUUUAAUCUAGUAAUGCUCCGUUCACUCACAUUUACUCAAAGAGAAGAAUAGCAUGUAUAUAUCAAGGGUAUUAAAGUACACAGUACUGGAAUAAUAAUGUCUAAACGGAGAGAAAAAAAAAACAAUAACUAGAGCACUAUACACAUACAGUCGCAUCUUAUCUGACUUGCUCAUGAAACUAAGCACGUGCAGCAAAGCUAUUUUUAAUGCAUGCGAUCAGCGUCUUGUCACGAGUGGUUUAAAAUCCACGCUCUUUAGUUUGAGUGUUCGUGAUCGUCUCUAAUAUGCGCAGUGGUACGAGUAUAUCUCUCGUACUGUAUCAUUAUCCAAAACUUGACCUAAGCAUUCCAGCCGACGUUUCUUUGUGAAACUGAAUCACUUGCAUACAAUUUCAUUAUAUUGUUUCAUCAGAUCUGUUUAGACCAUUGCAUCAAAGAACAAAAACCAUUAUUUGUGUAAUGAUGUAUUUCUUUUGUAUGUUCGAGUGUCUUAUUCCGCUUGACCAAUCAGUGAUCAAAUCAAGUAAAAGCAUUUUAUGAUGUAAUUUGAACGAGACGCUCGAUCUCUGUAUGUACAGUCUUGUUGUUGAAACAUAAUGGUACAGCCUGAUGCUUUUAAUUGUAUGUUAAAUCUAUGACUUUGUAUUUUUACAUAUAUUUUUAUGAGAAAUAAAUAAACCAUAAGCAUG